GUAAGCACAUGUUUUGAUGUUGACAAAAGUAUUAAAACAGCGAAGAGCGAGUGGCUUCAAAUAGCGGCCUAUCUAAAAGCGACAUUUCUCUCUUGAUGCAGCUCUAAAAGCACAAAAACAGAAUUAAGAGACGCGCGAUGGCCGAGUUGCUCGAAGCCCUGAUCAAAAUGCCGCAGGUGCGGAUCAAGAACCCUGAUUACAUGCGCAGCGUGUUUGAAGAGUUCAUCGACGGCAACUCGCAGAAGCUGCAGGUCAUCUCUGACUUUGACCAAACGCUGACCAAAGACCACGAGGACGGCGAGCGCUGCCUGACCACUUUCGGCAUAUUCCACUCGACGCCGCAGCUUCCCGACGGCUACUGCGCGCAGUCAGAGGUCCUCUACCACAAGUACCACCCGAUGGAGGUGCACCCUGACCUCAGCGUGGAGGAGAAGACGCCGUACAUGGUCCAGUGGUACAAAGACUCGGAGCAGCUCCUCUUCGGUGCAGACGUGUCCAAGGAGAACCUGAAGAACCACAUUUACUCCUCAAAAACCAUCUUCAGGGAUGGCUCCAAAGACAUUUUCGACGCCUUGAAGAAGGCAGGGGUACCGGUCCUGGUGUUCUCUGCCGGAGUUGGAGACGUCGUCCGGCACGCUCUAGAGAAGCAUCAAAUGCUGCUCGAUAAUGUCAGAAUCAUCUCUAAUUUUCUCAACUGGGAUUCGGAAUCUGGAAAAUUGGCUGGAUUCCAGGGUGAUAUGAUUCACGUUUUCAACAAGAAUCAACGUGCAGUCGCAGCCCACGAGGAAUACUUUUCCCUCCUGGCGAAUCGACCAAAUGUGAUUCUGAUGGGCGACAAUGAAGGCGACGCCGCCAUGGGCCACGGAGUUCAGAACCCAAAGGCCAUGAUCAAGAUUGGAUUCCUGUACCACCACGCUAAUGAGCGGCUGGAAAAAUUCAUGGAUAUGUUUGACAUCGUGUUGAUUGACGACCAGACAAUGGAUGUGCCCAAAUAUAUUUUAAACUAUGUCAUCGGAAAGGAAAAUUUUAAUUGAAAUUGGAUUUAUAAAAUCUAUGUGUUGUGAACCUUGUCUUGUCAUUUUUUUGGUGUAAGAUAAGAAGUCACUGAAUAAAUAAAAAUUAUAUACUACAAGUAAUAA